CUGCGCAGCCUGUUGCUGCCAAACCAGCUGGCAGUUCCAACUGAUAUUUUGACCAAAUAACUGUAGGCUACACUAGAAACUCUGACCUUUAAACUCAGGUUUAGUGUCUUUUUUUAGUCUGUUAUUUUUCAGUAAAGAGACCAUGGAGAAACUCUCCAGAACCUUUCACUGUGGAAGUUCAUACCUUACACUCUGCAACCUGUGAUUUAACCUUUUUAUUUGAGCGACUUUAAUCACUUAACCUUUACGCAUCAUGCAAAACAACAACAACAACAACAGCAGCGGCAGAUGACGUAGAAAUUUGAGUUUGUUCAUGAGUUAGUGAAGCUGCCUGGUGUAGUUGUUCACCGAGCUCCUCUAUCGGGUCUCCUCACCUGAUUCGCACGCCACUCCCAGCCGGUGCAGAGCCUCUCCGCGGCGGUCACGAUGGGCUCCCUAAUGUGGACUCCGGGAACUCUGCCUGCUUGGAAAGCCACUAUUUUCCUCUUUAACAUAAUCUCAGCUGCUGUGACCAAAAGACACGUCGUGUAUUGGAAUUCUACAAACACAAGGUUAACAGCAGGAGAUCUGUCCAUCCAGGUGAAUCUGAAUGACUACCUGGACAUUUACUGCCCACACUACACCAACAAGGGGACCCUGGGCCCCGGGGAGCCAGAGACACUGGCCCUCUACCUGGUGGGAGAGGCCUCUUUCCAGGGCUGUGUGGAGACCAAAGGUGCCAUCAAGAGGUGGGAGUGUAACACCCCCUAUGCUCCGUUUGGACCAGUGCGCUUCUCUGAAAAGAUCCAAAGGUUCACCCCCUUCUCGCUGGGGUUUGAGUUUCUGCCAGGGCGCCACUACUAUUACAGCUCUCUACCCACAGAUGAAGGCCCUCCUCUGCCAUGUAUGAAGUUGCGUGUCACCGUGUGCUGUGAGCCCACAUCAGAGGGUUCAAAACAAAUACAAGAAACUGUAUCUGGAAGUAGUGUUGGCUCACUGAGAACCGCUUCACCUCUACUCCUCCUCACCCUCGUCCUCCUCCUGCUGACUACCUGACUUCCUCGUCCGUCCUCUCCGCUGACCUCGCUCCCGUUCUCCGUCGGAUCGGGGGAUAUUACUCAGACGUUCAAGUACACAAUGCAAUCUACAUUCAGACAGCAAAUGACAGAAUGCAAUCUAUGCUAAGCUAUUGCGAAUGACACAUAUUAUUACCAUGUGGCUGUUUACUUGUGAAAUUCCAGAAAGAAUCAGGUGUCUUCUCCAGAAUGGGGCCACAGUGACUCAGGGACUGACACGGCGAAUCACAGUGAUUCAUUUCUUGUUAUUUUCUGCUCCCACUUGUUGUGUAAGUAGUAGCACAGAAUAUUACACAUAGUUAGGCCUAGUCAUAAGACUUAUAUCCCACUCUGAUACCAGAAGAACAAUGAGUCUGUCAGGACAAAGUUUUUUUCUUUCUCAUUCCGUUUCUCAUUUUCUACAUACUGUGUGUAUUUACUUUUUGAGAACCUGCCUCCAGUUAAAAAGUGGCCAAAUAAAGACAUACUACUGUCAUAAUACUGGCUCAGGUUGGAGGUCAGUCAGUUAGCUGGUGACUUUUUUUCUUUACAUGGGCAGACAUAAAUGACUUUUAACAGCCUUAUUUGCAUCUGAUUAAGAUAAAUGUGUUAAACUUUUAAUUACAUUUAGGAAAUAAAGGUAUUUUAGGAGGAAAUGGGGAAUAUUCUGGAAUAGUCAGACAGGGCUGCUGCGCCCCCUACUGGGAUUAAACUGGUUUAACUGGAAUUGGACUGGGUUGGUCAUAAACUCAGAAACUGGACACUAGAUUCUGGUGCUGUAUGAUAAUAUGGGACCUGGGACAGAGUUUGUCCUUUCUGAUUGGACCCCCUGUUGUUCUGCCUCCCCGCCCCUCUCUCUGCUUUAAAAUAAAGCACAACAGAGGGGUUUAUGGGUAAACAGAGAGCAUCAGCUCGUCUCGCUCCACUGUACACACUGCGGACCACUGAGGAGGCUGAUUGGUUGAUGUUCCUGUCGACCAACCAGGUGUGCAGAUAUGCACAGAAGCUUUUUGUUCCUUUUGUUGUUUGUUUUGUUUUUUUAUGCAGGAUCCUUGAUUUUAGGUUUUACUGUACAGUUAAUAUAUUCUGCAAAAUGAAUUAUAUUAAUUACAUAAUUCAAUAUUUUAGUGAGAACCGAUCUCUGAUAUUUUAAGUGCAAAAGUCGGACAAAAAAUACUUUUUUGCAUACACAAACAAUGAUUUAUAUUCUGGAUAUAUGUGUAUUUACUGGUAAAUUAUCAAUAUGCUCUGCUACAAUGUAGUUUCACAAGUUAAAUGAUUUGAUGGUGGAAUUUCAUUUUUUGCCAAAUUGUUUUUUAAAGAAAUCACUCUAAUUGUCAUCGAUUUAAGAAAAAAUAUUAUAAUGAAUUAACAAUUAAUUUAUCUUCAGAUUUAAAAAAAUAAUUGAAAUUAGUGUGCAUUUUUCAUUGAAAUAUAAUUAAGUGUAUAUAUUUGUAAAGUAACAAUUUUUUCCCCACAAUAUCUGCGUAACUUGAGCUAAGAAAAUCUAUAGAUUAGUUGCACCGUUUGUUCUAUCUUUUAAAAAAAACUGCAUUGUUAGCACUUAAUAUAUUUUUUCUCUAAAUAUUUGGGUGUCAUGCUGUAAAUCACAUGCCAUUGUUUUUAUGUUAAUUUCCUAAAUGAUGUUUGAAGAUCUGUUAAAUAAUUUCAGUGAAUUUUACAAUCAUGUAAACUAGGAAUUUGUUUUUGAUUUGUGUGUGUGUGUGUGUGUAACGUGUUCUGCUUUCACAUUUUAGUGAAGAAUGUAGCUUCUUCUGUGAAGAGCCAACUGCAAUCUGAGCCUUUUUUGUACGUGGCAAGACAACAAAAUAAAUAUGAUUGCAUUUAAA